UUUCGUUCCUUCUCGACACUCGGUUGCUGAGAGGCCAGACACUCGAGAGCCUAUAUCCCCUUGUGGAGAUUCAUUUGAUAAUUCUGUUCGUGUUAUUCACGAGAUUAAUAGAGUCGUGAAUAACCAUUGGAGAGGAGACUCGAUGAGUUAUACAAGCACUCCAGCACCGACAAGAGAGCUAUGGUGGAGUGAAUUUAAGCGAUCAUUCACUUGGGACAUGUUUGAUGAGAUGGAAAUAAAGAGGAUUUUCAUGAAAAAAUGUGGCGAUCACAUUCGUCAUGUACUCAAUCAUGCAAAGUCGAGGGCGAAAAAACCACCAUUCAUCACCGAGGAAAAUUGGAUAAGGAUUUCAAAUUUUUGGGAAAGUGAGGAGUUUAAAAAAAGAAGUCAACAGAAUAAAAUUAAUCAAUCUUUUAAUUCUGGAGAAAUGUCUGCGACAUAUGCAGGAGGCUCUAUCAAUGUGGAUGAGCAUAGACGUAGAUUGACCAAAGAAUUGGGAAAGGAGCCUAAUUUUAUAGAUACUUUCACCCACACAUUUUAG